AUGUCAAGUAGCACGUCUGAGACCAGCGGCGUGCGCAUCGCAGUAGAGGGUUGCGGCCACGGCACUCUCAAUGCCAUCUACGCGGCCGUCGAGAGGUCAUGUAAGGAGCGCCAGUGGGACGGCGUCGACCUGCUCAUCAUUGGCGGCGACUUCCAGGCUACUCGCAACGCCGCCGACCUAAACGCCAUGUCGGUGCCCGUAAAGUAUCGCGAGCUGGGCGACUUCCACGAGUACUACAGCGGCGCCCGCAGAGCCCCCUAUCUAACAAUAUUCGUGGGCGGGAACCACGAGGCAUCGUCCCACCUCUGGGAGUUGUACUACGGCGGCUGGGUGGCUCCAAACAUCUACUACAUGGGCGCCGCCAACGUGCUCCGCCUGGGUCCGCUGCGUAUUGCCGGAAUGAGCGGCAUCUGGAAGGGCUUCGACUACCGGAAGCAGCACCACGAGCGGCUGCCCUUCAACGCCGACGACAUCAAGAGUUUCUACCACGUACGAGAGAUUGACGUUCGCAAGCUGCUGCAGCUGCGUACCCAGGUGGAUAUCGGCAUCAGCCACGACUGGCCGCGUCCCAUCGAGAAGUACGGGAACAGGAAGCGCCUGUUCGAGAUGAAGCCCCAUUUCGAGUCCGAGUCCCGCGAUGGCUCACUGGGAAGCCCCGCUGCCGAGUAUGUCCUCGACAGGCUGCGGCCGCGAUACUGGUUUUCGGCCCAUAUGCACUGCCGUUUCGCCGCUAUCAAGCAGUUUCAGCCCCCCGAGGGGACUCAAGAAAGCGACGAGCGCGCCAAAAGCAUCCAAGCGGCCCCAGGGCCGGUUGCAGAUGCGAACCCGGAUGAGAUCGACCUCGACCCAGACAACGACGGAGAUCCCCCGGAAGGGACAGCAGCAACCACGGCAGCCGCAGGAGCCGCAGCCGAGCCCGCCGUCAAGCCCCAAUCCCCUUCCGGGGAAAACACCACAACCCAAGAUACCGAAGCCCUCCGCGCGCAGCUGCCCGAGGCCUUCGCCAAGCGCGCCCAGGUGUCCUCCAACCGCUCCAUCCCGGGCCAGCCCGUCCCGCCCGGCAUAACCAACACCACGACCCGCUUCCUCGCCCUGGACAAGUGCCUUCCGGGCCGCAAGUUCCUCCAGCUCAUGGAGAUCCCCGCAGCAGCAGCAGCAGCGGGGAGGGGGAGCAAGCUGCGCCUGCAGUACGACCCGGAAUGGCUGGCCAUCGUGCGCGCGUUCCACCCGCUCGUGCGGAUCGGCGAGCGCGGCGCGGCGACGCCGCCCGACGAGGGCGAGGAGCGCUACCGGGCCCUGAUCGAGGAGCACCGCGCCUGGGUGGACGAGCACGUCGUGGCCGCCGGCCGGCUGGACGUGCCCGACAACUUCGCCGUCACCGCCCCCGCCCACCGGCCCGGCAUCGACCCGGAGAUGACGGACGAGCAGCCGCGCGAGUGGACCAACCCGCAGACGGCCGCCUUCUGCGACAUGCUCGGGCUGGUCAACUACUGGGACGCGUCCGAGGAGGAGAGGAAGCUCAGGAUGGAGAACGGCCCGGCGCCGGCCGAGUAUGGCGGCGGCGGCGGCGGACGAGGACGCGGUGGGGGCCGGGGAGGUCUCGGAAGGGGUGGGCGGGGAAGAGGAGGUGACGGCGGGAGAGGGGGAAGGGGCGGAUGGGGUGGUGGUCGCGGCGGCGGGAGGGGAUGGGGUGGUGGGAGAGGGCGUGGACGGGGUUGA